AAUUGGUGAGGCAGACAGCAGAGGUUGCUGGGAUAGAGGCUCUUGUGAUCUAUUGCUCUGUUACUACAGGCAUGGCUGAGAGCAGCGCUGCAUCCUGUAUCCGUGUGGACCUCAGCUCUCUGCCCAAAGCUGCCCCAGAGACAGUGCACCUCCUUCCCUGUGAGAUCCAGAGUGAGGGGGCAGCCAGGGUGAGUGAGUACUUCAGUCCUGCUGUGAGGGAUGGAGAGGCAGGCAAAGAGGUAUCCUUCCGUGGCCGUGUGCUAAGAGGGCAGGAGGUGGCUGUUCCUGCUGGUUUUGUUGGAGUUGUCCUGAAGGAAAAUCACAAGCCAUGUUCUGAUGAGGAGGAUCGCUGUUUGACAGUCAGGUCUACCUUUAACUCCUUCACACAAUGGAAUCUGGAGACUCCACCCUCUGAGGAUGAUAUCCUUGUAAUGUCAAUGCAGUGGCCAAAGAUCGCUUCAGUGAUCCAUGCACCGGUUGAUUAGAAGAUGAAGACAUUUGAAUAACUAUUGUAAAGAAAUAAAACGUGUUUACCAUAACCAGUAUCUGUUUCAUUAAGUAGGAACGCAUCGCUCUCUUUACACACUAUGAUCUGUAUUACCAGUUUCCACACUUAAAUAAAAUAGACGGCACAGUGGUGA